UAUAUGUAUCCUAAAUCAUUCUAAGAUUUACAAAUUGAAGAAUUGAAUGAUUCUGAUCUUGUUCAUAUACGAUUAUUUCAUGUAAAUCUCCGUUAAUUUCAUAAUGAAACGGAAUCGAAUCGUAGGAUGUAAACUGAGCUUAUGAAUACGAUGGCGGGACUAACAAACAAUACAUAGCAUUGUCAAUUCUGUGACGUUACAUCUGUCAUCUGUCUACUUGUCAAUUGACAACUAGGCUGAUUAAUUAGUGCAUAGGAAGCGCCGUAUAGGUUAAAUAGAAGUGAUAAAUAACUAGUUAAAUUUGUGCAGGUUUUUAUAUUACGAAACAGUCAUGGAUAGUUUAUCUGUAGUUCCGGCCGACGUAGUGGGAAAAUUAAAGUGUUGUUUUUGUGAUGGUCCAUUAUCAGUUUCCCCGAUCACUUUAAUAUCGCAAGACGGAAAUCAAUAUAAGUGUGGACGAUGUGUUUCAAUAAAAUCUGUUUCAAACAUACGGGCUGUAAUCUACGAAUAUUUGGCCAAACUUAUGUUGUUUCCAUGCACUUAUAAAAACUGUUCGAAAACAAUACCCUUCGAUGAUGUACAAGAGCACGAAAAAAUAUGUGAAUACAGAACUACCAUUUGUCCUAAAGUGAAUUGUAAUGAAUCUAUGAAAGUAUCGAUGCUGUCUGAUCAUUUCAAGGAAAAACAUAGUGACACAUAUCACACUAAUUCUUUUAUAAUAAAAAAUGUCUAUGCCUACAAUAAUAUCGAUCUAUUGGAAAAGAAUGGAAAAAUUUUCCUCAGUAUUUUUGAUUCUGAUGAAAAUUACUUCGCAUUAAGCAUAUGUGCUCUUGAUCCCACUGAUACGAGUCAAUACGAAGUCAAUUUAAAGUCUGAGAAGAAUCAUUUUGGUAUUGUAAUAUUGAACCAAAAUACAAUGACUUUUAAUGAUAGAAUACAUUGUCUUAAAUGUGCUAAUGGCUCUUGUAAACUGAAAUUUCAUGCUUACAAAGAUAAUAGAAAGGAUCUCCUCAAGAAGAUGACUACUAAGAUCAACAGAGACUGUGUCAAAAGGAUGUUCGGAGGUGGAUUGUUAACUUACACAAUCGAUAUCAUUGAAGAAGAUCGGAAGAUUAAGGAAGAAACUAAACCAGAAGUUAAAGACGCCAUCAUCAGAAAAGCUAAAAAGAUAUUCCUGCAACUUCUGGAAUGCCCUCUUUGCAAAGAAUACAUGUCUGCUCCGAUUUAUCAAUGUCUAAACGGCCACACCAUUUGCAACAUUUGCAAACCUACCUUGGAGAAAUGCCCUACGUGCGAAGAACGCAUUGAAAAAACCCGCAACUUUACUCUGGAGGAACUAUCCAAUAAAGUGGAAUUACCCAUAGCUGAUGAGAAGAAAGUGAAAGUUGAAGCUGGUACAAAGAGAUCUAAUGAAGAACUGAAUAACACCAACGGGGAUGUUCCAGCCAAAAUUAAAAAAAAUUGAGAUGUUUGUGAAUAGCAGCGAGAAAUUGUUGAUGUGACCAAAUAUAUAGAUGUGUCUUUAAGAAUGUGGACCAAAGGUGUAGAAACUGAAGAAGCAAAACGAUCCGCAAACUAAAAAGAUUUAUGAAAAGGAUAGAAGAUAAAAUUUGAACAAACUACAGUAUUAACUUCAUGACAAAACUUUUUUGUUGAUUCUGAAUUAAUUAGGAGAAGGAAUUUAUUCAGGGGAAACAAAAAUUAAUAGGGGAAAUAGAAAAUGUAAGAAAUGAAGUUGAAAAACCAUGAAAUUACACUAAAUGGAGAAUAAAAACCAAAGAAAUGACAAAAAGAACUAUAUAAAGAUUUUUACUAGAAAGUGAUGAACCUAAACAAUAGACAAUAAAUAUAUUGUAAAAACAUGAAAGAUAUUAUAAAAAAAACAAGAAAAUGAUCAUCUGAUUCCUAGUACAAAUACGAAGACUCAACGAUGGUUUCUAUUGUCUCAACCAAGAACAAGAAUUCGAAUGUAUUAGAAGAAGACUUUAUUGAAAUUAGAAGCAUAAUGUGAAAAAUAUUGCAAAUGCCUUAAGAAACAAACAAAUUUGAAUCAAAUGAUCAUCAGAUCUCGUAUAAACGAAGAUCACUACCACCAUAAAGUUUCUACAUUGGUCGCCAUCAAUUUCUAAAAAUUCACAACCAGGACAACGGAUUCCAGUAUAUUAGAAGUGGAAUUUUUAGUUUUUAAGGCUUGAAUAAUCACGGUAUUGAAUAAUAAAGAAUUUAAAUCGUCAUUUGGUUAUUACAAAUCCAGAUUGUAUUGAAAUUGGAAGCAUUUUGUGAAAAAUAUUGCGAAUGCCUUGAGAAACAAACAAAUUUGAAUCAAAUGAUCAUCAGAUCCCGUAUAAACGAAGAUCACCACCACCAUAAAGUUUCUACAUUGGUCGCCAUCAAUUUCUACCAAUUCACAACCAGGACAACGGAUUCCAGUAUAUUAGAAGUGGAAUUUUUAGUUUUUAAGGCUUGAAUAAUCACAGAAUUGAAUAAUAAAAAUUUUAAAUCGUCA